AAGACACUCAUCAUAGAUCUUGACGAAACCCUCAUCCACUCCAUGGCCAAAGGGGGUCGCAUGUCAACUGGACACAUGGUUGAAGUCAGACUCGCAGGCCCUAUGACUAGCGCAGGCGUGCAGAUUGGUACCGGUGUGCCCAUCCUCUACUUCGUACACGAGCGACCCGCAUGUCACGAAUUCUUGCGCAAAGUUGCUAAAUGGUUUAACUUGGUAGUCUUCACUGCAUCUGUUCAAGAGUACGCCGACCCGGUCAUUGAUUGGGUCGAACGCGAGCGGAAGUACUUCUCGGGAAGGUAUUAUCGACAACACUGCACGUACAGGAACGGUGCAUAUAUCAAGGAUUUGGCACAAGUGGAGCCUGACCUGAGUAAGGUCAUGAUCUUGGAUAACAGCCCCAUGAGUUACAUCUUUCACGAAGAUAACGCGAUCCCCAUCGAAGGCUGGAUAAGCGACCCUACCGAUAAAGAGCUGAUCACCCUCAUUCCAUUUCUGGAGGCAAUUCAAUAU